UCUAGCAUCGGAGAAAGGUAAAAUGGGGUCCUUCGGCUCGGGCGCGCGCGCGGGAGGCCUGCUUCGACCGGCGAUUGGUUGAGAGCGCCGCCGCCGAGUCGCCGAGGACCAGAAGAAAUCGAGGGAGGUCGGAGCGCGGCCUUUUCCCGCUGGACGGCAUGGAGGAGUUGGAUGUGGAGCCUUCGGUCACGCUUAUUCCAGGAGUGAACUCUGACCAGAAGCAGUUAUGCUUUACAUGGGGACCCACAGAGAUGUUGGUGUGUGAAACCUUGUUUAGGCCAACAGAGACUAAAGAGAAGACUCCAGGUUGUCCUUUUGUCUAUGUAGUACGCAAAGAUCAAGAUGUUUAUUCUCAGACUUUGCGGAAGCUUUUCAAUGAAUCACAUGGGAUCUUUGUUGGGCUACAGAAGAAUGAGAAAGAAAAGGCUGGAAAGUCAAGAACUGCACAAUUGGUUGGAGUAAGCAAAAGCUAUCGAUCCGUUAUAAGAGCCUGCAUGGAAGAUUCACAUCAGAUGGCUAUAUCUGCACGGGAUCCUGCAAUGCACAUGCACUACAGUACUCAGGUCUCUGUUUUGUCCGCAAUGGAGUUGAUCUGGAAUCUGUGUGAAAUCAUGUUUAUUGAAGCUGCUCCAGCGGGUUUGGUGUUAUGUCACCUGCUCGAUUGGGUCCGUCUUCAUGUGUGUGAAAUAGAUAACAUGGUUUGCGAAGUUCUGAGGAGUGAGAAUCCAGCAAAACAUGAACAUUUCUGGAAUGUGGUAACUGGUUAUGUGCUUCAGGGUAGAAUGGAUGAGGCUCGGCAAUUACUUUCUAAAGAAGCUAGUACCAAUCCCACUUCAGUGCACAUGUGCAAAGUUUUAGAUGAGCUGAUGAAGAAGAUGCCUGUUCUUAGUCCUAGCAGUAACCAGACUUUGACAGAGAUGGAGUUAAAAUGGCAGCACUGGCAUGAGGAAUGUGAGAGGUUUCUGAAAGAUGGAACAUUUGCUUCUAAUUCUCACAUGGAAGUUCUCUGUAAGAUCCUACUUGGAGAUGAGAAUGCUAUUUUGGAAAAGAAAGAGCUAAUGACAACCUGGUAUCAUUUUCUUGUGACCCGGCUAUUAUAUUGUCAUCCUACCGUGAAGCACGUGGAACUCCAUCUUUAUGCACAGUCCAGCCUGGACAUGUUUCUGGGAGGAGAAAGCAGCCCAGAACCAUUAGACAGCAUCUUGUUGGCAGCUUUUGAAUUUGAUAUCCACCAAGUGAUUAAAGAAUGCAGCAUUGCCUUGAGCAACUGGUGGUUUGUAGCUCAUCUGACAGAUCUCUUGAACCAUUGCAAUCUACUCCAGUCCCACAAUCUUUACUUUGGUUCCAAUAUGCGUGAAUACCUCCUGCUAGAAUAUGCUUCUGGGCUCUUUGCCCAUCAUAGCUUAUGGCAACUUGCAGUUGACUAUUUUGACUAUUGUCCAGAAUAUGGUAAAGCAUACCUGGAGCAUCAUAUUGAACGGAUUUCCUUGGAUACGGAGCAUAAAGCCCUGAAAGUACUGAGGAUUUGUGAACAGAGAACGAUGACUGAACAAGUUCGUAGCAUCUGUAAAAUCAUGUCCAUGAAGGCUGUCAGGAACAAUCGGCUUGGCUCAGCACUAUCCUGGAGCAUCCGAGCCAAAGAUGCUGCUUUUGCUACCCUCAUAUCAGACAGAUUUUUGAGAGAAUAUUGUGAAAGAGGUACUUUCUCAGACUUGGACCUCAUUGACAACUUGGGUCCAUCCAUGUUGCUUAGCGAUCGACUAACGUUUCUUGGCAAGUACCGGGAAUUUCAUCGCAUGUAUGGGGAGAAGAAGUUCUUUGCAGCAGCCAAACUGUUACUAAUGCUGAUGACAGCUCGUAUUGCUCCUUGCUCCUUCUGGAUGACUUUGUUGACUGAUGCACUUCCUCUCCUAGAACAUAAAGAGGUUAUAUUUUCUGCUGAUCAGACAUAUGAAUUGAUGAAAUGCUUAGAAGAUGUGAUGGCAGCAGAGCCAAAAAAAGAGAAACUCCAGGAUGAUGAUGCAGAGAUAAUGAAGGUGGAAAUGCUAAGACUUGCUCUGGCAAGAAACUUAGCAAGAGCUAUCAUUAAAGAGGGCACACUGGAAGAAUCAUGAGAGCAGCAAAUUAAAAUAGUUCUUAAACUUUACUUUGUUAACUUAGUGUACAUACCAGGAUUGUUAUUAUUUUGAUAAAAAAUAAAUUUCAUAUUUUGCAUUUCUUUUA